AUGACGCGCGACCAGGCGCUGGAGCGACAGCAGGCGGUGGGACGCUUGCAGACUGCAGCUGCAGAGCGGGAGCAGGCACCGGUCAGCGUUGCAGCAACGGCCACCAAGCGGUACGCUCACGGCACGCGCAGUGCGACUCCACUUUCAAGACGGAAGGUAAGCCCCUCUGGAGGGCGGGCUGGUACCUGUUUUGCUUGUGGACGUGUGGGUCAUUGGAGUACGGAUGAGCAGUGUCCUGCACGUGUCGCCGUAUGUCACGACUGUCACCAGGUUGGCCACUUCUGGCGAUGCUGCCCGAAGAAGGGGGAGAAGACUGCUGGAGAGAAGCCCGUCGCCAGCGUCCAAGUGCUGUCGGUUGCAGUGACGUCUCCAACUGAAGACACUCGUCCGUACAUCCAGCUGAAGGUAGCAGAAUUCACGGCUUACCUGCGGAGGGUCGGCGUUCAGCAUGUACGGGUAACGCCGUACCACCCCAGAGGCGCUGGAGCGGUGGAGCGCAUGAACAGAGUGGUGAAGUCCGCGCUGCAGACGGCGUCCAAGGAGAAGCAGGACUGGUCACAGGCGGUGCGCCAGUUCCUGAGGACGUACCGUUCGACGCCUCAUGCAACCACCGGCCUGAGUCCGUCGGAGAUGCUGCAUGGUCGUCAACUCCGGACGAUGCUGCAUGCACCCACGCACCCUCCGGGAUCGCUGAGCUGGUUGGACCAUCGGCGUACCGGCUGGACAGUGGAGCACUGGUCCACGCCGAGAGGCUGACUCGCUGGACUGGGUCGCCUCCGACCGGACUGGGAGACGCCGGGCAGCCGCAGCUCUCGGAUCUCCCCGUCGUCCGCUCCCCGCCGGAGCCGGUCGACGAGCCUCCGGCUGAGGCCGCGGCGGCGGCACGGACUCCAGAGCGGCGGCCGGAUCGUCAGCCCGACGUGCCGGGAUCACCAGCUGCGGCACCCGCGGUGGACACAGCGGCGGCGACGCGCUCGCCGGACAGUGAGACGAGCGGCUCCGGGUUCGAGGGUGCUCAGAGUGAUGGGCACCGCACGCGAUCUGGGAGACGUGUUCGUGCACCUGUGCGUUGGUGUCCGUAGGUGUGCCUUUGUGUAGGGGGGGAAAGAUGUAGUGUCUGGGCCGCCCGCCCGGCGGGGCGCUCGCGGCGGCACAGCAUGCCACAGGGGCAGACUGGCCAGCUGGGCGGCUGGGCGGCGCCCGGGCGGGAGUCGCCGGCCGGGGGCUGAGAGGCGCGGAGCGCGCUGUUCUGUAUCUCUUAUGUUAUGUCCUUUUUGUCUUUGAGUUCAAUACCAUCGUCUAUGUGAGAAGACUGACUGUGAGUGGCGGA